AUGUACACACGAGACGCCCAAAAUUGGGAUGAUGAGUAUCUGCGAUACUUGCGAUUGACCACCCGCAAUGACAUCACCACUAUGCCUCUGCAAGUUGAAGACCAGUUUUGGUUCAGGGCAAGUACACACGAUCGUAACGAAGCAGAUCGUAUAGCUGACAAGUUGCAACUGCCCCAACACAGGGGAUACGUAUGGCACGCAUUGAACGCGUCAUACGAUUGGCAAGCACGAAUGCAAAAACCGGGCCGCUUGGCGAGUUAUCAGGAGCUACAACAAGAGAUAAACAUGCCCACUCCAAAUUUGGAGAAUACUACUUGCCUUCUAGCAUACUAUGAGAUUUGGCGAGAACUGUAUGCUCUGGGUAUGGGCGAUGACCUCGACAAAGUGUGGUAUAACCCUGCGUAUAACGGGACGGCGAAGAUCGCGGCGGCGCAAACCGAUGUGGAUAGUCAGAGAGCAAGGUAUGAGGAAGAGUUGGACGAGCGCCAAGCACGGGAAGAAGCAAACAGAAUCCUCAAUGAGAAAGCCUCCAAUAGGAAGAAGCUACAAUUCCGCCAACAAAUAGAAAUGCUUAACGAAAAACAUGCAAAGAUGCCCGAAACCCCUAGCAAGAUUUCAUUGAAAAGGAAAAGAACUAGGAGAUCAGAUCCGGAUGAAAAUCAAAACAAGUGGUCAUGGCCAGAUACGCCGAACUAGUUCAACAGUUUCGGGACUCAGCUGUAUGAGAUAUACUACACAACGAACUAGUUCAAUAGUUUUGAGACCCUAGUGUAUGAGACAUACUACACUUAACAAACUAGUUCAAUAGUUUCGAGACUCUGAUACAUGCGACAUAUUAUACCUAACGAACUAGCUCAACAGUUUCGGGACUCUGAUGUAUGAGAUAUACUACACUUAUACUUACGGGCCGUUAGAGAUAUGUUGUCAUGCUGUGACUGCUGAAGCGGUUUUGGGAAAUAUAACGUGAAGUCGAUGCCAGAGCGGGAUUAUGUACAUGGGGGUGUUAUGUGCGACUUAUAACAGGAAAAAAUUACAAACCAUAAUCGUUGUACACAAAUAAAUUCAAGC